GAGCUAUUUAUUCUAUAUUGGCAAUGGUGAUGUUAUAUAAUUCAUUUCAUACAUUAUGAGCUACUAUUCUUACUACUGUCUAUAAUAGAUUAAUAGGGUGUUCGAAUGAGAAUAUAAUGCUUGGAUGAGAGACUUAUGAAAAUUUUACUUUAGAAGGAAAGGAUUGGAGGGUGAAUAGGGAUCCAUUUUCUGUUAUUUGAAAACAGAAUGGGGAAGCGAAGGGGAGGGAAGUAGAAUGAUCAUAUUUUUUUUCCACUUAAAUCAAGUACUACAAAUGUUGAAAGAUUUGGAAAUGUAGUGCUAACUACUCCCGUUUUUGUUUUUUUUUUUUUUUUUUUUUUGGGUAGAAUUCUACUCCCCUUUCUUAGUACCAUACCUUCCCUUCAAUAUUCAAAACAUUGUAAUAUGGGAUUACAAAUUUCGUCUUCUACAGACUAUAGUUGAUGGACCCUGGCCUCGUACAAUAUAGCCUAAAUUGUCUGCUAAGAUAACCUAAUUGAAAUUUUUUUAUAAAAAAUGCAUACUUUUCAUCAGAAAUUAGAUUGAGACACUAGCUAAAUACCAGUGACCACAAUUCAGUGGAAUUCUAGCAUAAGCAGAGUAUGGAAGCAUAAUAUAGUACGACCUUAUGGAACUUGUAAACAAAUUUUUUCCUGAACUUUUCUUUUAUUCGCGUUUUUGCAUCCAGCUGUAAACCAAAUUCUCCGGUGUAAUCUCUUGCUUCUUCUACCACAGUAAUUUAAGUAUGACAUCAGUCAUCUUCUACUUUAUUCUUUUCUGUUUCGCUGCUAUUAAUCCCUUCCCCCCUUCCAUUUGGAAUCACAUUCUGUUCCCUGUAUGAGUUACCUUGCUUCUUCGCGGUGAAAAUAACAUGGGCCUAUGGGGUGUUGUGAUUCAUGUUUUGAGCACAUUGAAGAAAUUGUCUUUCAAGAUUGUCUUUACAUAGGGUAUCAGAAUUACCUGAGGACCGCCUUUACGUUUUACAGUUUUCAUUGAGCCCUACAAUCGUUAUUGCAUGCUUCAGGAAUAAAUAAUGUAUCUGGCUUUAGUAACCUUGACGGAGUAAAGUCAAGAAGUGUAGUGCAAGGAGAUGCAUAACAUCUGUAAAGUGGUCUAAGAUUUUGACAGCAGAGGCAGCAGAGCUCCUUAUAUCCGAGUUUUUAGAUUCUUCAAGAAGCUGUAAGGUUUUGCUAAGCUUAUUAUUAUGGAGGUUUUGAAGAUGCCCUGCAUAAUCACAUGUCAAAUGGUUUAUAAUGCUGUCCAAUUUGUGGACAGUUGACGUGCUCUUCCGUUAAUUUUCAGGAAGGGUCGCAGCCGCAAUAAUAGUCAAAAAAAAAAAAAAGAAAAAAAAAAGAGAAUUUUAGGCCGUUGAGGUUAAGAGACUGUAGAUUGUGGAGAAUAAUAUAUUUAAGAAUUUUAGCUUGUUUUAGUUUCUUUCCUAUGUUUCAUGUUAAGCUUGACUUAAGAACCUUGUAAUAUAAUAAAGGAUAAAGGAAGGCACUUUUGAAUGACUCAAUUUGAUCCCAAUCGUGGUUAGUGAGCUUUUGUUAGCUGCUGGUGGGAGUUGAAUCCGAUGCCUUUCCCUUUUCUCUGAUGAUAUCUUGUACGGUUGUAAUUUUCUGAUUGUGUUUUAUGUUUUGCUUUAUACUACUCCUAAGACUAUAUAUAUAUGAACUCGUACCAAUCCUUUUUCUCCACCCUCAAUCGGACGAUUGUUCCUUAGAAGUCUAUUUUGGGUUUCGAUAAUUUAAACAUUUGACUUCCAACAUGUCAAACCAGCAGUCUCGCCCAUGGUUCCGUUUAGCCACUCUCCGGCCCUCUCAGCAGCAGGCUCCUGCUCCUGCACCAGCACCAGCACCAGCACCUGCACCUGCACCACGGCCUCAAGCCCAACCUUCUCCUAUGCCUCGACCUGCCCUAAUGCGACCAACAUUUAGGCCUUCUGCUAAUCAGCCUCCUCCAGCUCAAAAUGCUGCUCCUCGAGCUCCUGCUCCAACCCCUUCUGCCUUUGCUCCUCCUCAAUCAUCCGUCACCUCUGCUGCUCGUCCUGCUGCUGCUGCUGCUUCCUCUCCCUCUCCUGCCCCUGCCCCUGCCCCCGCCCCCGCCCCCACCCCCCCCACCACCAGUUCAGCACCAAAAGCUCCUGCAUCUGCCUCCCCUGCUGCUGCUACACAGCAGCCUCCUCCUCCUGCUCCUUCCAGUUCAAUGCCCUCACCUCCUGGAACUUCUUCAUUGCCGUCACCUCCUAAACCAAAAACUCAACCUUCUCCACCUUCUUUGCCGUCUUCCCAAGCUAUCUCUCGCUCCAUUCCACCUUCUCCUACCUCGCCUCCCAAACCUUCAUUUCCCUCUUUGAAACAAGUAUCACCUCCCACGGCACCAACUGUUUCUCCGCCAAAACCACCCUCACCUCCCAAACCUUCAGUUCCCUCUUUGAAACAAGUAACACCUCCCAUGUCGCCAGAUGUUUCAUCUCCAACUAAGCUCUCUUCGCAAGAUGUUUCUUCUCCAAAACCUGCCACUACUACUUUUCGUCCGAUGCCAAAAUCUUAUAUGUCACUUCAAGAAACUCCUUCUCCUCAGUCACAAAAAACUCAACCCUCUGUUACUCCUCCUCCAUUUACCCUUCCCCCUUCACAACUCCUUUCCGAGAGAGACCGAGGAUUUAAAAUGCCUCCUGUAGCUGAAAACCAAACAACUCUGCCCCCUUCACAACUCAAUUCCGAGGGAGAACGUGGAAAUAAAAUUCCACCUGAAGCUGUAAACAAACCAAUGGUUGUACAGCAUACUGUCGGGAAGCCCAAGCCGUUUCUUGAUUCAUAUGGUGGUGAUUCUCAGAAGCCUCGGAUUGGAAAGAGUGUCAAACCAAAAGAAAGAGACAUUUACAAGAAGUCCUCAGAUUAUGAAGAUAGUGGCGUGAGAAUCAUAACUAUUACUGGUGAAAACAAAGGCGCUAUUAUGGAACUUGGACGUGGUUCUGCUUUGGAUAACCCUCACAAGGCCAAAAAUGAUGGAGUGAUAUCAGAAGGUAACUUCAGUGGCAAAGAGGACAUGUCUAAGCUGAAAGGUAAGGGUCAUAAUAAUGCAACGACGAAACCUGGUGUGCCGAUGCAUGCAUACACGAACAGCAAUGUGCAAGGUAUUAACAGUUCCAUUGUCUUCAACAGUACCUGCACUCACAAUGAUCCUGGGGUUCAUCUCUCUGUAAACCGAAAGCCGUUAAAUGGUCAUAGUCAUGGGUUCCAGCUCAAGGACAAUGCAGGAGAAAAGAAGAAAGGACAAUGGUUCUCAGAGUAGAAUUAUAUACUAGUAAUGUUUUAGGGAAUAAAGGUGAAGUUAGUCGUCUAAAUCAGGUCAUAAGAAGAUUUAAAUUCUGAUUCCAUCUACUCCACUUCAUACAAAAUUAGAGAGGCAGGACAUCACCUAAUAUAUGGCUGUCUGAACCAUUUCCUGAGCUAAAGACGCCCCCAAAUAUAUUAAGUUUUUUUUUUCUUCUUUUAAUUGGUGUACUAAUUAUAUUGUUAUAAGUUAAUAUGUACCUUGUUCUGUUUUUUAGAGCACGUUGGGAAUAAAUUACAUAAGUUAAUGCUUUAUGUAAAC